AUGUCUUCAGGAUGUUUAUCAAUAAAGAUAUUCUCUUUAGACUAUUACUUCUCAUCGCCACAUGAUCAACUGGAUAUAGGUUAUUCAAAGUUUUCAAGAUGUUAUUCAAAUCGUAUUCCAGUUAUUCGAGUUUACGGCACCACGCACACAGGCCAGAAAAUAUGUGCCAACAUACAUGGGGUUUUGCCGUACAUUUUUGUUGAACUGCCAAAUAUUGAUUCAGAUAUCAAUGAUUUCGUUCAUUCAUUUGUUCUUAGCCUUGAGAAGUCAAUUCGUACAAAGCUGAACACUCCCAAUGUUAAAGACGUCAUUGUUUUCGACGCUUCGGUGGUAUCUGGUUUUUCGAUAUACGGUUACCAUGAAUCAGAAAAACCUUUCAUCAAAAUUUACCUCGUGGAUCCCAGUCUGGUUUCUUUGUGUUCUGACGUACUGAUGAGUGGGGUCGUACUAAAUCGUCCUUUUCAAACGUAUGAAGCACAUAUUCCAUACUUAUUACAGUUUUGUGUGGAUUAUAACCUUUUUGGCAUGAACUUGCUAUAUGCUGGAUGUUUUAGAUUCCGUACUUCAAAUUAUCCAGGAUUUCCAUCGUUAGUAAAAAGUUCGGAAUAUUCUUGGAAUCCCGUAAACUCUAACUCGGAAUAUCUAUCAUCAGAUUGUAUUUCAAAAUGUACAAGUAUGGAAUUAGAAGUUGAUAUAUCUGCUUGGGAUAUAUUAAAUCGUCGAGAUUUAAAAAAUAAUUUACCUGUAAAUCCUGGCUUAGAAGCUAUAUGGCAUGAAGAGAAAAUGCGACGUCAAUCGAAAUUCAAUAGUUCCAAUAAAAUCUUACCUAAAAUGCCUACUCCUGAUGAAUUGCUACCAGUUAAACAGGAUAAUGAAGUGAAAUUAUCAACCAGUGAAAUGUAUCAUCUUAAUCAAUGGACUCAUUUAAUUCAACUGUUAUCUACUACUACUACUACUACUACUACUACUACUACUACUACUACUACUAAUACAUCUUUACAACUGCAACAAGAUGUUAAUUAUACAGAAUCAUCUGAUCUCAAUGAGUACAUUUCUAAUUGGCUUGAAUCAAGUCAAACAGACGAUGAUGAUGAUGAUCAUGACGAUCAUGACGAUGUUAAUUCUAUGAAUCAUGAAGAUGCUGAACAUCAUCAACUGAUUGAUCAUAGCAACAAACCAGUAGAUAGUUUUGAUGAUAACAUUCACAACAAUAUUCAAUUAUCCUCCACUACUUGCAUUCAACAUACACAAGAAUCAAUUCAUUUAAAAUCUUUCGUCACCCACAAUAACAAUAAUACUAAUAGUUCAUCCAUUAAAACAAAAUCAAUCAAUAACAGUUUCACUACAAUUAGUUCAACUAGUUUAGAAUAUCUUUGUCAUUUAGCCAGUUCCAUUGAAGAAUUCGAUACAUGGGUACCAACUUCGGAACAAUUAAAUCAAUUAUUUAAUAAUAUAGAAUAUUCCAAAGAAAUUCAUUCCACAUUGAAUGUAACAAAUAUUGAACCAAUUGAACAAUUGAACACUCAUCAUAAUGACGAUGAUGAUGAUGAUGAAGGUUGGACUUGUAGUUCUAUUGAUUCGUCUAAACAUAGAACAAUUGAUAACAAUAUUACUAGUUUGGAGCCGCCUCAUCAUUAUCGAUUUUUAGCGUCGAUAAAUGAUUCAAGAUAA